AUGGUAGAUGCAACAAUAGGAUAUGAACAGAUGAAAUUUUUAGACGCUUAUUCUGGUUACAAUCAAAUCCCAAUGGCGGAAGAGGAUAGAAUAAAUACGGUCUUUAAGACUGAACGAGGACUGUACUGUUAUAUAGUAAAGUCGUUUUGGCUGCGCAAUGCCGGGGCGACAUAUCAGCUACUGGUGAACAAAAUCUUUGCUGAACAGCUGGGAUGGAUUAUGGAAGUGUCCAUUGAUGAUAUGGUUGUAAAAUUUGAAAGAGAAGCCGACCACUUGACACAUUUGGCAAAAUGCUUCAAGGCGUUUAAUAGAUAUAAUAUGAAAUUGAAUCCAGCGAAGUGCGCGCUUGGGUGCUUCAAAAAGAGUUCACAGACCUUAUGGGGAGACGAACAACGCAAGGCAUUUGAAGAAUUAAAAAGUUAUCUGAGUUCCCCGCCAGUGUUGAGCGCGCUAGUGUUGAGCGCCCCAGAGCAAGAUGAAGAGUUGUACAUGUACCUGGUAGUGACAUCAGUAGUGGUAAGCGCAACGCUAUUCAAAGAAGUCGAAGGGAAACAAAAGCCAAUCUUUUACGUGAGUAAAACACUGCUAGACGCCGAGACGCGCUACAGUAUGCUGGAAAAGCUGGUGCUUGCUCUCAUGACAACUAAGAAAAGAUUAAGGCAAUACUUUGAAACUCAUGUGGUAGUUGUGUUGACUAAAUUCUCGCUCAAACAGAUACUGGCGAAGCCAGAUUUGUCUGGAAGCAUGUCCAAGUGGGCAAUCGAUCACUCUGCAUAUGACGUCAGCAGAAGACUGAUAUGGGUGAUGAGUAUGGAUGGCUCAGUAAAUUCCAGUUUAGCUGGCAUAGGUGUGGUGUUAGAGGCUCCAUUCGGAUUAAGGAUUGAAGAUGCCCUGAAAUUACAAGAUAAGGUUAUCAAUAUUGAGGCAUUGAUAUAUAGGUUGGAGUUGGCGAGUAGCCUGGGCAUAAAGCAGUUGCAAAUUAGAACAGAUUCCAAACUAGUAAGUGAGCAGGUGCCUCGAGAAAUGAAUCGUCGCAUAGAAAAAUUGGCUAUGAAGGCCUCAUCAGGCAAAUGCACCCGCAAGUCUUUAGUUAUCCUCAGCACGACAAAAGUCGAUGGAUGUCCGGCAUGCUUUGAAAUAUGGCAGCCUAAUGAAUGUUGGAUGGAUCCAAUCAUACAGUAUCUAAAAGAAAGAACAGAGCCAGACAUCAUGGAUCAAUCCAGGAGUUUAAAAGCCAAAGUUGCACGAUAUACAUUGAUCAAUGAGCAGUUCUACCGAAUGUCCUUCAACUGCCCAUGUUUGAGAUGUUUAAAUCCAAACGAGGCCAAAAGUUUGAUUGAGGAAAUCCACGAAGGGAUAUGCGGAAAUCAUUCCGGAGGAUGGAGUUUAGCUCAUAAAGCUCUAACUGCCGGAUAUUAUUGGUCGUACAUGAUGACUGAAGCUGGAUGGUACGCAAAAAUGUGCGAUAGGUGCCAGCGACAUGCACCACUGAUGCACCAACCUGCUCAACCUUUGCAUUCAAUUGUUGCACCAUAG